CACAGAGAGAUGAAGCCUCAUUUAUUGCUGUCAAAAUGACAAAGACAUUGUUGAUAUCAGCUUAUCUAGAACACCGUUCCAAUAAAAGAGAGGUCCGGGUUAUAGCCAUUGUGCGGCGAGAGGAGAAAGUCUCCUACCGUUGCAUCUUUCAGUGUCAGAACCAGCAGUGGCACACCUCGAAAGGUGUUCUCAGCAUCCAUACAGACCACUUUGGGUUCUCCUACGGAACAGCGGACAUCAUGUGUCCCAUCCCCCCAGAGUGUGAAAAUCCAUCUCACAUUUCUGUGGCUUCUGAUAAGACGAUAUCAGAAGAUGAAUAUAAGGAAGAAUUUUUGGAAGUGAAUAACCAAAAAGCACAGACUGAAUCUUUUCCUUAUAACUUCACAGUCUGUAUUUCUACUAUGUUUGAUUUCACCAAUGUGCUCCAGCUGGUGCAGAGUUUCGAAAUGCUUCAGUUACUGGGUGUGAACAAAGUUUUUGUCUACAAAACCAACUGCAGUCGUGAAACACAACGCGUUCUGGACUAUUACUCAAACAAAAAAGGCUUUGUGGAGGUGAUUCCUUGGUCCAUGUCCAGGUUUCUAAAUGUUUCUCGAGGAUGGCAGCCUAAGCAUGGUCCUGGUGACCUCCACUACUUUGGUCAGAUCCCUGCUCUCAACGACUGCCUCUACAGGAACAUGUACAAAUCCAAAUAUGUGGCCUUGCAUGACAUUGACGAGCUCAUACUGCCACAGACGGUCAAAAGCUCCGGCGACGGAGGAGGGCCUCAGACGGAGGAGGCCGGCGGCGAUGCCGUCUCUGACGGAGGAGGGCCACUGGAGGAGGCCGGCGACGGAGGAGGGCCUCUGACGGAGGAGGCCAGCAGCGACGCCGUCUCUGACGAAGGAGGGCCUCUGGAGGAGGCCGGUGAUGGAGGAGGGCCUCUGACGGAGGAGGCCGGCAGCGAUGCCGUCUCUGACGGAGGAGGGCCUCUGGAGGAGGCCGGCGUCGACGCCGUCUCUGACGAAGGAGGGCCUCUGAAGGAGGCUGGUGACGGAGGAGGGCCUCUGACGGAGGAGGCUGGCGAAGACGCCAUCUCAGACGGAGCAGCAGCCUUGGGGGCCGCCGUCUCAGGAACAGCCUCAGAGGAGGCUUGGAGUGCCAGCUGA